AUCCCCACCUAUGUCCAAGCAAGUUCUCAGAUAUCUUCCAACGCCGAUCACAGCAAACAAUGAGGUAAUCUAAAAGACGGUGCUGAUAAACUGCCUGCGUUCUAAUCAUGAGCAAGUUGGCUCAGCUCUCUAUUUAUCUCUAUAGAAGGAAACCGGUGAAUGUGCAGUCACGCAGAUUUUCUUCGUCAAAUUAUGUAAAAGAUGAGCGUGCUAUGGAAGAGGAGGCUGACAGAAAGAUAGGAUGGUUCCUCAAAUUGCUAUUUGUUGGAACGGCUACUGCAGUUGGAUAUGAAUUUUUUCCAUACAUGGGUGAUAAUCUGAUACAGCAGUCUGUAUCGCUUCUUCGAGUCAAAGAUCCUCUGUUUAAGAGGAUGGGAGCUUCGAGAUUAACGCGUUUUGCAGUUGAUGAUGGUAGAAGGUUGAAGAUAAUUGAGAUGGGUGGUGGUGAAGAGCUUCUAAGUAUGCUUGAAUCUUCGAAAGAUGAUAAGACUCGGAAGGAAGCAUUGAAGGCUCUUGUUGCUCUAUCAUCUUCAGAGGAAGUAGUUGGAGCUCUUCAUAAAGCUGGAGCAGUGUCUAUAAUAACAGGUACUCCAACUUCCUCCAUGGAUGCUGAAAUUGAGAAGUACAAGCUGAGCCUACUCAAUAAAUUCCAAGUUUGAUAUUUUCAUCUCGAGACUUGUUUUACUAUAUUAGACUACAUAAUGACAAGUUUUGCGUCUGAAUAAAUGGUUAAGUGUAUUUGCGGGCUAUGUGCUUAAUCUUUUGUCUUGGACUACGUAGUUUUUAAGAGUCUCCCAUCUUGAUUAGUUCACCUUCGAUUGCUUUUAUGAAAAUAAUUGGGAAUCCAUUGUAGAUGGAGGGUUUCAACUUU